AUGGACCAUUCUCCACCCCUGCCCCCGUUCCUCGGGCUGGGGGUUGCUCCUGGGAUCAAAGAUUACCCCCUGCACGCCCCAAUCCCUGUAGGGGGUGAGGGGGUGCAGGGCUCGGCCCCCCCCGCUCGGCACAUCCGCUGCACGGGGCAGGAAGUUGGGGGGGGCUCCCCCAUCUCGGAGCGCACCCGCAGCAUCGGGACCCGCUCUGGCUGCACCCCGCUGAUGGCCGCCCCGCGAUGGCACCCGCUGCUGCUGCUGCCGCUGCUGGCACUGCUGGCGGCGCCGGUGGCGGCCGGGGACCCCGCGGUGGCCCGCAACGACCGGACGGUGGCCGCGCUGCUGGGGCUGCUGCUGUGCCUGGCGCUGGGGCUGGCGCUGGCCUGGCACCACCUGUGCCGCCUCUCGGCCGGCCGCUACCACCCCCGGCCCCUGGGCCGCCGGGCGCUGCAGCUGCUGCGGGGACGGUGGCACCGGCUGCGCUCGCCGGGGGACCCCGCCGUGACCCGCGGGGACAGCCACGGAGAGGUGGCCGUGCGGGACGAGGAUGAGGAGCUGAUGCCAUGGAGCCUGGAGCGGCGGCCGCAGCAGCAGGAGGAGGAGGAUGAGCAGGAGGAGGAUGAGCAGGAGGAGGAGGAUGAGAAGGAGGAGGAUGAGGAUGAGGCUGAAGCAGCGCCGGAGGGCGGGGAGAGCCCCCUGAGUGAGGGGCAGGCGGCGGGGGGCAGCGCCGAGGCCCUGCUCAGUGACCUGCACGCCUUCUCGGGGACAGCGGCAUGGGGGGACGCGCGGCCACACGUCACCGCCUUGUGACAUCACCGGCCUGACGUCACCACCCUUUGAUGUCAUCUCCCUGUAGUGUCACCUCCCUGUAAUGUCACCUCCCUGUAGUGUCAUCUCCCUAUAAUGUCACCUCCCUGUAAUGUCACCUCCCUGUAAUGUCACUGCCCUGUAAUGUCACUGCCCUGUAGUGUCACCUCCCUGGAAUGUCACCACCCUGUAUUGUCACCUCCCUGUAGUGCCACUGCCCUGCCAGCAAAGGGACCCCUUCUCUGUCCCCUGCCAGCCCCCAGCCGAGGCUCCUGAUUGGCUGCAGGGGCCUUGUCCGAAUUUGC